UGAAAGUUUAAUCAUUUCCUUUCAAAUAAUAUUCUCAAACGAAGCUAUUUGUAUCACAUUGUUCGCUUAUUGGUUCAUAAAUUAAGUUUUUACAAGUGUUGAACAAAUUAUUAAGAAACUUUCGACCAAAUAAUGUAAUGUUAAUAGAUCAAAAGUUAUUAUUUGAAUGGAAGUAUUUUAAUGCUACGAUUAUGAACCAAAAUUGUAAAUUAUCAAUAUUAUUUAUUACUCUGAGUUAACGAACAAUUUUGGUGCCAAUUCGAAUCGAAAGCUGUUGUUUGUGGGAUGCUUAACGCUGAUGGAAUUUCUAGGAUGGUGCUAGCUUGUAAUGAGUGAAGAAAUUUCUGCGAAAAGUUUAAAGUUCCGCGACGAUCGAUUCGCGGAUGCAGACGAGGAAGUGCGUGCGCACUCUGGGUGCAUACACUCUUUUAUUUCAAGUGCACGGUGCGAACCGUGCUGCACCGAAAAGGAAGUAUGCAGCUGGUCUUGUGACAAAUCGUGUGAUCCUUCUUUUUCUGUGAUACAUCGAAGUGGCUGUGCUACAACGUGUCUUCGGUACCAGUGAAUCGGUAAAAAUGCGUGACAAUGAAGGGUUGGCAUUGCACCUGUUACUGAUACUGGUUCUGUGCGCCGACGUGUAUACGACAACUGCCAAACACCUAAUUAAAAAACGGAAUUAUAGCGACCAAAGCGUAAGAGGCUACCUGGCGGAGAGGACUUGUUGGUGGAACGAGGUCUGCAAGGAGGAGUUCCAUAGUAAAUUUCGCUGCCGUUGCCCCCGAUGGUCCUACUGCCGUGCCCCUGGUAGAUACUACGACGCGCACUGCAGCAUGACACAGACCGGGUACAUUUGGACCCAGCCGGAGACCUCGUUGACCGUCGAAGUCAACAAAUGAUCCUUGCACAGGACACUUUUCUAUUCGUUCGUCUCUUUCGCAUAAAUUUCUCGCAACAAAAUUUCAUGCUCCACGAGUAGUCACGUUUUAUAGAAACUAUUUACACUUGUUAAUGUUAUCUCUAGAUUAUGCAAGCAAAAUUGUUCUGCGACAACGACAGAGCCUAGCAGAAUCUCUCUUUCUUGCUUCAGACGCUGACACUCAUGUGAAUUCAACAAAUUACUGUAACAGUAAUUUUUCCAGACGCGUAGGUAGAGAAAUUUUCCAUUAAAUUUGAUUGAGAAAUUACAGGCAACGAUGUAGGAUAUUUAAAAAAGAUUUUGAAUAUCGUUUUUUUCGAGUACUGUGAACGGAUUUUUGGUUUCACAAUUGACAAUAGCAGGGCGCAAAAGGUGAUAUUUUUGUUGACAAUUGUCCAGCUGGGCAAACGAAUUUAAAUAACAAUAAGAUUAUUGUAGUCGAGAAUGAUAUUGUUUAAUAUCGUAGCUUAUUUGGAUAAUUCGAUCAUGUAAUUAAGAAUAAGUUUAGGAUAAAUUCCACGAGUUCGAGUAAUGGAAAGUGUUCAUAUAAAUGUUGUCGAUUUUCUCGGUGUCCUUGUAAAUAAAUCGUACCGAUUUAAUAAUUAAUAUAUACCGUUUUAAUUAUGGUAAACGAAUAAAUGGUGACGCCAUUGAAGUUGAA